AUGGUUGGUGAUACAACCAAAGUAUCAAGGGUUUUGAUUUUACCCAGCAAUGCCUUCUAUACUCCACACUUAAUAAGGGAUAUUGUAUAUAGAAGAAAUCCUUUUCGUUCCAUCCUGGUAACAGUUCCUGUAUGUGUGCUAGUACAUCAACUUAAGAAAAUAAAUAAUUGUAGAAUACAAGGGACUCCAUCCCAUAGAGAAAAAAAGGUGAACAUCCCAAUCACUGAUAUUUAG